AUGAAUCCAACGCCAGUCAAUUGUUUUCCGAUCCAGCAAAAAUAGCAGACAGCAUCACAGCCAAAAAAACAGAAAAAAUAAACAAAAACAGAAAACCAGAAAGCUGUCAUCUUAUUGUGACAGAAUAACAUUGACAUUUUUUAUUGACAAAAUCAAAUUGAAAUGAGGAAACGACCAGGAAUCGGUGCAAUUCAUAAACAAAGGGUCGAGCAAGAACGAUUUAGAGGUAAAGCCACAGAACUGCAAGAUAAUGUUUUUGAACAAAUGACAAAUCAAAUGGAAAAAUUUCGAACUAACUUGGAAACAUUUGCAAGCAAGCAUAGAAAUGAAAUUAAGAAAAAUCCUGCCUUCAGGAAGCAAUUCCAAGAUAUGUGUGCAUCAAUAGGUGUAGACCCACUGGCUUCAAGCAAGGGAUUUUGGUCUGAGUUGUUAGGGGUUGGAGACUUUUAUUAUGAAAUUGCAGUUCAAGUUAUUGAAGUGUGCCUAGCUACUUCACCAAGAAAUGGGGGUUUAAUUACUUUGGGUGAGUUGCGUCAGAGAUUAAUCAAAGCUAGAGGAAAAGCCCAACACCAUCAAGAAAUUUCCAAUGAUGACAUUAUAAGAGCAAUCAAGAAACUGAAAGUGUUGGGACCAGGAUUCUCUAUAGUAUCCCUAAAAGGUACCCAAGAUACUUCAGAUAUUCUCAUAAGAUCCAUUCCAGGUGAAUUGAGUGCCGACCACACUGAAGUCCUCAAAGCAGCAGAAGCUCAAUCAUUCACUUCUGUCAAAGCAUUAAAAUCAACGUUGAAUUGGGACGACGUUCGCUGCCUGCAAAUCCUUAAUGAACUUUUGCGUGAUGGUGUGGCAUGGGUUGACGAGCAAUCCCCCGAAAAAAUGUACUGGUUUCCAUCAUUUUUCAAACCCCUCAUGAGUGAGGAUGAGAUCGUUUUGCCGCCUCCUAAUUAAAUCACUGGUCAUACCGAGAAAGUUGAUCUAAUAAUGAAAUGGUUGACUGAUGAAAAUUUGGUAUUUGGAAAAAUUGCUUGAAACAUUGAAAACGAAUAUAAAAAAUUAAAUUAAAUGUAAAUGAACGUCUCAUGUUGUCUGGCACCUUUGGAAAAUGUGUGACUCGAUGCACUCGGAGGGGGGUGGAAUAAUUAAAAGAAAAAGCAGCAUUAAUGGUGAAUGAAAGAUUCCUAAGACAAAAUUUUAAUACUUUCAGACGGAUUAUUAAUUCUGUUUCAACAUUAAUUUUACGGAUCAUGAAUAAAAAAAACAUCGUCACGUAAACAUAAAGUACUGGAGUACGGCUUCAAUAUCACAUUAAUACAACUUAUUAACGCUCUGCUGCUCAAUUCACACUCACCAUGCACAGUAAUGUGCGAGAUUAUUUCUUGAAGUUUAUUGGCUCGUUUCUUGCGCACUUCAUGUAAUCUAUGAGAUACUCACGUGCUAUUUGAACGUACUGCCAGUGGUGCUAAUUAUACUAAUUUUAAUGUUAUAUUUUGCUUUUGACAUGUGAAAAAUGAUUUAAAAAUACCUUGGAUACGAAAUUGUCGAAAGUUGAGCAUUAUCGAUUUCUUUGAAUAGGCACGUCUCCGGUUGUCUGCUUCUCGUGCCCACUCAAAGGAUUUGGGAGGGGCGUGGGUUGCAUGAAGGUUGAUUACUACUGUUACCCGAAUCAUGAAGCACACCAGGAAAACUCACUGGAGUGAACCCCGGGUUACCCUUUGCAUUGGAGAGUUUGAGCUACGCAAGGCAAGCUCGAAGCUACAAAGAUGGCGUUGGUUUUUAGGUUGGUUUUGUAGAAUGCCUUUGCUUCUGCCAGCUAUUAGAUAAAAAAGAAAGGUUAUAUUAAUUGUUGUAAAACUGAAUCAUGAUACAGUAAUUUCGACACUUGUUUUUUUUUUUAAAUAAAAAACAGAAAUCAAAACAUUAAAAGCUGGCCAGUCCUAGACGAAACGAUGCGCGCGCAGGAAAGAAUCGGAUUAUCAUAAAAAUAAUUUUAGUUUUGUCACGUCUAACAAAAAUCGAAUCACUGUAGGUCGUCAACGACAAAUAAAAAGAAACUACACCAUUAACUAUGUAUUGGCCUGCACAUUGGUAUGUUUUUUUUUCUGAACACGACACCAAAAAAAAAACAAAAAAAAACAAAUAAUUGAUGAAACACAGGAUGAUAAGAUAGGAAGCGCAAUGAUGACAAUAAAUCAUUUUCUUUCUUCCUAUGCGCU